GUUUCGUAGAGGGCUAGGUAUGAAAGCAUUGAAUAGUCAUUAGUAGCGAUUAAUCAAACCAGUUAACUUCACAAGUGGCAACAAUAAUUCAACGCCACCAAACACCACUUUCCGUCACUGAUUCUCUAAGACAAGUCACAUCCGCUCUAUCUCCUCCUCUUUCCUCUGCUAUUUCUAAAAACGACCACGAAUUCUUCGGUAAUUACAAAUCUGCCACCGCUCCAAUUCACAAAAUAAGCAAGCACACGAUCUCCGUCUUGAACUUUUGAUUUGAUGGUAACUUUUGAGGGAAUGGAACAGCACAGAACUUCCUCCGGUUCGUCUCAGAGCCCUAGAUCUCCGUCUUCUUCGCAACCGUUUCUCUCCGUUUCCGUUACCGAUCCCGUUAAACUCGGAAAUGGUGUUCAAGCUUAUAUCUCCUACCGCGUCAUUACCAAAACAAAUUGUCCCGAAUACCAGGGACCCGAGAAGAUUGUCAUUCGACGUUACAGUGACUUUGUUUGGUUACGCGAUCGCCUUUUUGAAAAGUACAAAGGCAUUUUCAUUCCUCCUCUUCCAGAGAAAAGUGCUGUAGAGAAAUUCCGUUUCAGUGCUGAGUUUAUUGAGAUGAGGCGACAAGCAUUGGAUGUAUUUGUAAAUAGGAUAGCAGCACAUCAUGAACUUCAACAAAGUGAGGAUCUGAGGACAUUUUUGCAGGCAGAGGAAGAGACAAUGGAAAGGUUGAGGUCCCACGAGACUGGCAUUUUCAAGAAGCCAUCUGAUUUAAUGCAGAUUUUUAAGGACGUGCAAUCAAAAGUGAGUGAUGUUGUCCUCGGGAAGGAGAAGCCAGUGGAAGAAUCAGAUCCUGAAUAUGAGAAGCUAAAACAUUACAUUUUUGAACUGGAAAACCACUUGGCUGAAGCUCAAAAGCAUGCAUAUCGUCUUGUGAAGAGGCACAGAGAGUUGGGACAAUCACUGUCAGAUUUUGGAAAAGCUGUAAAACUUCUAGGUGCUUCUGAAGGAAAUGCACUUGGGAAAGCAUUCUCUGAACUUGGGAUUAAGUCAGAGAUUUUAUCAGUCAAGCUGCAAAAGGAGGCACAACAGCUCUUAAUGAGUUUUGAAGAACCUUUGAAAGACUAUGUCCGUGCUGUGCAAUCUAUUAAGGCAACAAUAGCAGAGAGGGCCAAUGCCUUCAGGAGGCAAUGUGAACUAGCAGAAACAAUGAAGCUGAAGGAGAUUAAUCUUGACAAACUCAUGUUGAUUCGUUCUGAUAAAGUGGCAGAAGCUGAGCGCGAAUAUCAUGAGUUGAAGGCAGAGAGUGAGCAAGCUACAAAGACAUUUGGGACAAUUGUGAAACUAAUGAAUGAAGAAAUAGGGCGUUUUCAAGAACAGAAAACAUUAGAUAUGGGGAUUGCUUUCCAUGAAUUUGCCAAAGGUCAAGCACGCCUAGCAAACGGUAUCGCAGAUGCGUGGCGAAGUUUGCUUCCUAAACUAGAGGCAUGUUCCUCUUCGUAGUGAAUUGAUCAUCGAGUACUACAGAGCUCUUAGAGAGCUCUUGUUUUGUAAUAGGGCUUUUAGGAAUUCUAUACUGUUUUUAAGUAUGUUUAAAAGAUGUGAUUUUCUUACCAUUUUGAUUUUGUAUAAAAUCUUAAAAAAAAAUUAAAAUGUCAUAUUUAAAAUGAGUGGAA